UUUCCGGACUUUGUAAACUCCACUUCCCAUCAUUCAAUGCGCUGUUUGCUCGACACUGCGUCAAAACCUGCUCUGCUUCAUUGCGACUUUCAUUUUUCUGUCUGUGAGAGAAACAUUUCGCUCUCCGUCCAGGAACUCGAUUAAUCCAUGGCGUCUCCCACUAAUGGCACCGAGGUGAAGCUGAAUCCUGUCCUCCUGCCUCUUAGCUGGCUGCUGGGUACCUGGGAGAGCGAUGAACCCGGAGAAGGAACCUACCCCUCCAUAAAACCGUUCCGCUACACGGAGAAACUGCACUUCAGCCACGUGGGGCAGCCAGUCAUCAACUUUAUGUUCAAUGCGUUUCAUGCUGAAUCCAACAAGCCUCUGCACAGAGAAUGCGGUUUCAUUCGAAUCCAGCCGGGGACCACCAGAGUGGCCUUCAUCAUCGCACAGAACUCAGGUCUGGUGGAGAUUGAAGAGGGGGAGCUGACAGGAAAUCAGCUUAAACUGCAGACCCAAAGUCUGGGCAGAAUCUCUUUUGCCAAAGAGCCUCACGUACAACAGAUUUGCAGAGUCUUGCAGCUUCGACCUGAUGGGAAGCUGGAGCAGACUGUUUCCAUGGCAACAGACAACCAGCCGCUCACUCAGCACUUGCACAUCACUUACAGCCGAUCAGCUUGACCCUACCGGCCGCCAGGCUUGAUAUCCUGCACCUGAAGUCAGAGCAAAGUCUUAUGAGUGUGGGUCAGGGAACCUUUAUUACUCAGGGUGUUUUUUUUUUCUUUUUCUUUCUUUUGUGAAGAUGUGCCUGUUUGUAUUGUUGCUUGUCAAGGUUCUGUGUUGUGUGUAUUCAAAUAAAUUCCUGGUUUGAAUCCAUAUGGUUCUAAGAUAAUAAAGAUACAAAUAGAAA